AUGUGCAGUUCAGCACUCAAUUCCGGACAGUUCCUAUCACAUCAUUUUGUGCAGCUUGAAGCCUUGGUCGAGCAGGUGCUCACAACCUCUAUGCAACUUGGCGAAACCAUCAUCGUGACCAAUGCUGAUGAGAUGUGGGUCUCGGAGAGUACUCGUCGUUUUAUUCCACGAGUGACACCACUUCUGUCCUCUGUCCGAGUUAUUUCAGCGCGAAAAAUGUUUGAGCAGAGUUGGCCUGGAGAUGUGUUUGCAUGGAAGCGCGAGGCAUUCCGCGAGGUUAUUAUACCUUGGCAAACAACUGCCAUGUCUCCUGGUGGCAUGCACCUCGUUGUACUGGGAGACUCUGCGGCUGAAAUGGAAGCAGCGCAUACUUCAUUGAUCGGACUGGUGUCACCCUCUGCUGUGAAGACAGUUAAAUUCAGAGAAAUGCCAACAGCAGAAGAGCUAUUGGAGCAGCUGCGUGUCAUCAAUCAGGAGCUGCCCACAAUUGUAGCAGAAGAGAGGAGCAGCAACAGGAACUUGUCAAGCCAACUGUGGCUGUCUGCUGCCCCUUCACCGCAUCUCAUCUGCACAGAUACGUUAAGUUUCCCUAAAAAUCUAGGAACCAAAUCAUUAGUCCGAGCGCUUCUUCAAGGAAGCUCGAGAGCUUCCUUGAAGAAGCGUGAGCUAUUUGUAGUAGCGUCCACUUGUAGGUACUAG